AUGACGUCUUUUAAACUCCGUCAAUUUAUAUCAGCCCUCUUUCUUCUUUUUGCCUUUGGAUUAGCCGCGCCUGUUGACGCACACGGCUCACUUCAGUCUCGUCAAACCGUCUGCCGCACUGGAUUCGGCUGCUUAGGCUUCGGUAUUUCUGGCUGGAACUCAUUUUUGCUCGACAUCCCCGCUGCCUCUGAUCCUCACACUCAUCACGCUACCUCGACGGGACAAGUGACGCAAGCAGGCAUCUGGAACAGGUCAGAUGGCGGGGCUCUCUUCUGGAUUAGUGUUGUUGAGGGCUACAGACCACCACCUGGCCAACGUGUUGAGACCUGCGGUCAAGAUUGA